AUGACAAAUGACAAUGUUUCCAUUCCUUGGCAUCUAUCUGGGGGAGGUAUUUUGGACUCAGACAGGUUGGACAAAGUAAGCUCAUCCAUACCUGCUUCUAGAUUUGACUCGCGGGGCCCACUUUUCUCUAUGGUGGAAGACGGUUCAACCUUUGUAAAUCAAGAUGAGAGAUGCUGCAGAGUUGCACGGUUUGCUGCACAGCUUCAAGCUUCCUUAUCUGUGGGUUUUGCCAUAAAGUGGGCCAAUAUCAUUCAGAGGCUAGAUUACUUGGGUUGGGCUUACAAUUGGAUAAUGAAUGGGCUCCACCCAUCAUGA